AUGAAAUUACAAAUAUUUAUUAUUUUAAUGCUAUUGCUUGUUAAUAUUCUAUUUGUCGGAGCAAUAGUUAGUAAAGAUUAUAGUAAAUGUGAAGGUAGUAAUAAUAUAGUUACACAUGAUGCAUCAAAAGAAGAGGUAGAGGUUAAAAAAACAACCACAACCACAACCACAACUACAACAACAACAGCAGCAUAUUUCUUAAUGAAAGAUAUUGUAAAUGAUGAUGAAAUAGUCGUAAAGAUGACAAAUCAAAACGAAAUAGAGUACGCAAGAUCUAUUAUUGCAGGUAGAGUGAUCGAUAAUAUACAGUUGGUCGGUAAAAUCAAUGCAGGCGUUCAACCGUGGAAUCCUAAUUGGAAAUAUUACAUUGAACCAUCAUCUAUUAGAUUUAUUUCAAACUCACACCCUGAAUGUAAUGUUACCUAUAAAUAUUUAGAAAAGAAUCUAAGAUUGGCAUGCCGUGCUUUCUUACCAAAAUGUUAUUGGUGCCCAUCAAAUACAAAGUUGUUAAGAGAGAUAUCAUUUUAA